UUGGUCAAAGAAAUGGAAUUUGUCAGCCCUUUCUCUGGACAGAUGAAAUGUCAUCUCAGUGUUGAUCAUUUGUAGAUCAAAACAUUGUUUUCGUGGCAAACAAUGGAAGAGGAUUUAGAAAUUGAAGAAGUAUUCCUGACCGAAUACAUACUGGAGGAUGAGCCCAACGAUUUCAACGAAUUUGUAUUUUCCAGUGAGGAAUCCGGAACUCUCGUGGAGAUCAGAGAAGACAAUACGGAGAAAACGAAGACGAAGAGGCCAAAGAAGAAGCACAAGUGCAAGAUUUGCAGCAAGAUAUUCGACAGACGUCUCUAUCUUCGGAUGCACAGCCUUGAGCACUGUCCUGCCCACGCUGACCGAAAUAAGUUUCCGUGCCAUUUGUGUCCAGCGGCUUUUGGCGAGAUGGCAAAGCUCCAGAAGCACUUGCUAGUGCACUCCUGGACGAAUGCCGUGAAGUGCAGCGUUUGCCAGAAGACGUACAAGAACUCCGUGUCGCUGCGGAAUCACAUGAAGAAGCACGCAGCCAAGACAGUUUAACAGUAUUGCGAGAAGAAAUUCUGGCCAGAGCUGAAUACGCUUCACAUCUUUCAUCUCAUCAAUGAUCACAAACGACAAUCCUUCCGAGUGUCUUGGAGAGCGAGGAGAUAUAUUGAGGGAUACAUGCUCACAGUCCAAAGUGCGGCAGGACAUUCCAGAAGACGCAAUCUUCAUCCCAUUCAGAUGACGAGAGAUCUAUUUCCAGA